AAGAAUAGCCCAAAGAAUUGCAAUUUGGGAUGGCGUGCUAUGGCAAACCAUGGGCAAAUCCACCAAACUAAGAAAAGGAGCUGCUUUUAUAGAGAAAAAUGGGGUGUAGGGAUUGGUGUUCUAAAUGAAAAUCUACUGGGGAUGUUACCGGCACAUUGGGUUGUUAUUGUCCCCCAGGAUAGAAAUGAAGAGAGACAACAAAUGGGAGUAGAAACGUAAAAGUCUAUUAGCUUGUGCACAGGAAAGGCACAAGUGAGCUGGUGCAGAAGGGAAAGGGGCAGGUAACUGGGUUGUUAGUGAGCAGGAUUGUGGGGCUUUCAUCAGGCAAAGGCUGGGGAGGAGGUCCUUGUCAUGGCAUGUAGAGGUGGGGUUGUGCUUGUGCUCGCACUGUUGUUCAACAUGCCUUUUCAUGUGACAUACGUAUCACUAGCAUGCUAGCUCUCCACCCUUAGGUGUGAUUUUUAUUAUGCUAGUGGGGCUAGGGUCACCUUCAGUGCACUCCUGGGUGCUAGGGCGCAUGUGUAAGCCCAGGAAAGCGCAGAGGCUGCAGAAUGUGGAUCUUGGUGGCCUCUACCUGAUUCUCCUAGUUUGUCGAUUGGUUAGGGCCAAUCUUGUUAGGGCUUUAUCUUGUUAGGCCCAGGGCCUUGCAGAUGGCCCUGUGUCUUUAGGAUGGUUCCUGUCUCAUUUGCACCCAGCUAGGGCUGUGGGUUCCAACUUUGCACCAGAGCUAAGGGCUUGGGAGGCCAUAGGGUUCAUUAAAGUAUGAUAUCAACGGAGGUGGGAAAGCCCUGGGUAGGAGAUCAACACUGUCAACAGAGAUCAAAGGGAAGCCAGACAUUAUUACAUACGGCGAGGUGACUUUUAAGUGUCUGUGUUUGCAAAGAAGGGUCACAGUUCCUCGAGUGGCCUCACAGCACCGCGUUUCACUGGAAAAGUCCCUGGAGAGGACAACGUCCAGCUCCAACUCAACUCAGAGGUGCAAUCUCCAUCCCGCUGUCACUCAGGACUGAAGGGCCUUUCGAACUGUCCAAUCAGGGUCGGUCCCGGGGCAGGUGGGCGGGGCGACACUCCGCAACCACCCCCGACUUCCUAUAGCUCUACCCUCCUUCCGGUCACGGGUCGUCUGCCCUUGACCUCCUAACGGUUCUCUGCCGCGAACUCCGUUGCGUUGUGACCUGAUCCGAAGCGUAGGGAAGACGCCGGGGGACCCACGAGCCUCAGCGAUGGACUCAGUGGCCAUUGAGGAUGUGUCUGUGACCUUCACCCUGGAGGAGUGGGCUUUACUGGAUCAUUUACAGAAGAAACUCUACAGAGAUGUGAUGCAGGAAACCUUCAGGAAUCUGGCCUCAAUUGGAAAGAAAUGGAGAGAUCAUGACACCCAAGAUCAGUGCAGAAACCAGGGGAGAAAACUAAGAAGUCAUAUGGUAAAAACACUCUGUGAAAGUGAAGAGGGUAGUCAAUGUGGAGAAAAUGUCAGCCUUAUUCCAAAUCUCAAUCUGAAGAAGAAAACUACUGGUGUGAAACCACAUGAAUGCAGGGCAUGUGGAAAAGUCUUCACACAUCAUUCAUCCCUUAAUAGGCACAUAAGGUAUCACAAUGAACACAAACCAUCUGCCUAUCAAAAAUAUGGAGAGAAGCCAUAUAAAUGUAAGAUAUGUGGGAAAGCCUUUGUUUAUUUCCACGUUUUUGAAAAACAUGAAAGAAAUCACAAUGGAGAGGAAACCUAUCAGUGUCAGGAAUGUGGGAAAGCCUUUAUGUGGCUCAAAACCCUACGAAGACACAUGAGAAUGCACACUGGAGAUGCUCCUUAUAAAUGUAAAGAAUGUGAGAAACCCUUCAAUUGUUCUAGUUCACUUCAAGUACAUGAAAGAACCCACACUGGAGAGAAACCGUAUGAAUGUGCAAAAUGCAGUAAAGCGUUCAGUUGUCCCAGUUCUCUUCAAAGACAUGAAAAAACUCAUACCGGGAAGAAACCCUAUGAAUGUAAGGAAUGUGGGAGAGCCUACAGAUAUUAUACUUCCUUACAGAUGCACGAAAGGACUCACACAGGAGAGAAACCCUAUGAAUGUAAGCAAUGUGGUAAAGCUUUCAUUUCUCAUCUAGGUUUCCAAAUACAUGAAAGAAAUCACAAUGGAGAGAAACAGUAUAAAUGUAAAAAAUGUAGUAAAGCAUUCAGUUGUCUCAGUUCUCUUCAAAAACAUGAAAGAGAUCACACUGGAGAGAAACCCUAUGAAUGUAAAAAAUGCAAUAAAGCAUUCAGUUUUCCCAGUUCUCUUCAAGUCCAUGAAAGAACUCAUACUGGAGAGAAACCUUAUAAAUGUAAGGAAUGUUGGAAAGCCUUUACUGCUCUCUCAAGCCUUCGAGGGCACAUGAUCUCUCACACUGGAGAUGGACCUUAUAAAUGUAAGGAAUGUGAGAAAGCAUUCAUUUCUCCCAGUGCAUUUCAAAUACAUCGAAGGAUCCACACUGGAGAGAAACCCUAUGAAUGUAAAGAAUGUGGUAAAGCCUUCAGUUAUAUCACUUCCUUCCAAAUACACAGAAGAACUCACACAGGAGAGAAACCCUAUGAGUGUAAAGAAUGUGGGAAAGCCUUUAGUGUCGCAACUUCACUUAGAAUACAUGAAAAAACUCACACUAUGGAGAAACCUUAUCAAUGUAAACAAUGUGGAAAAGCCUUUAGAUAUCAUCACAAUUUUCAAAGACAUGAAAGGAGUCACAUAGGAGAGAAACUCUAUGAGUGUAAGCAAUGUGGUAAAGCCUUCAGUUAUUACAGUUCCUUCCAAGUACAUGUAAGAAAUCACACUGGAGAGAAACCCUAUGAAUGUAAGGAAUGCAGGAAAGCCUUCAUUUGUCACACAAACUUUCAAAGACACAUGAGAAUGCACACUGGAGAGAAACCAUAUAAAUGUGUAGAAUGUGGGCAGGCCUUCUGUGAUCCCGGUACUUUCCAAAAGCAUGAAAGAACUCACUAGAGAAAACCUCUUGAAGGUGAACAGCAUGGGAAGGACUUCAAUUGGCCCACUUCCUAAAAUGUGACAACUCCCACCAAAAAGAAAUAAAUGUAAAUAACAUGAGAAAGCUUAAUGGGAAUUAAUACAUGCAUAAUGCUCCAGAAACUUUUCAAUAUGAAAGAGUUGUGAUAUUGUGCUUACUAAGUGUGUUGUGUUAUACUGUAAAUACAUUGUGUUUACUAAGCUUUUUUCCUAAGAUACAUGACUGGACUGAGGAUUUCUACUAAUUACUUUCAGAAAUGAAUAUUGAGGUGAGAGAAUUCUAUGUCAUUUUUCUACUGUAGUACAUAAGAUCAUAAGAUUAAUAGGUAGUGAUUUUUCCUUAACUCUGUUAAUAAUAUUUUCUCUUUACUUUUUUUGAAGCCUCUUGGAUCCAAGCAUGAACUGACAUGUAUUUCUCCUAUGCAGUUAGGUUUAUUCUUUUUAUAAUGUUUUAUUUUUUCCAUGUUAAGGGGCCAUUGAAAAAUGACAGUUUGGUAUUUGUUGGGAUUUUCUUCAUGGCCUUGUUUGGCAAUUCCUGGACAUCCCUACCAAAUGAUAUAUAUUGUGCUCAUUCCCCACCCCCCCGAAAAAGCUGUUUUGUGAUGGAGGAUAUAGGAUCUUUUUUCUAUUUUUCAUACUAUUAAAUGGAAUAAAUUUUUAUGUAUUGUAUGGUUAUCAAAGAGUAUGGUUCCAUUUGAAUUAUUAUGUUCACAUUUAGGCAUUCACUCAUUGUCCUUCUGACUGAUAUUUUGUGAAUAGAUUUUGAUUAAUAAGAGAGACUUGUGAUAGGACAAAAAAGCUAGAGUUGGAGAUAUCCUUCCUGUGAGUAAUGUUAGGAAGCACAUCUUCCAGAAUCCAUCCGUUUUAUACUUCCCAGUUAGAAUUCACCAGUAGCCUCACUUGCAUGAGAUUUGGAAGGCAGAAGAGAAGACAUUAGUGACAUUUUGGAGCCACCAUCCAGGGAGAGAGGCAGAUACAUAGGAGCUUCCAGGACACCAUCUUCCAGCCAAUUUCCUGGAUUCUUUGCCCUUCCAGUCAAGAGUAUCCUCAAAACCACCACCAACUGUUUGAUUUCCAGUUUAUUUGAGGUGUCGGUUUCCGCUGAUGUCUUCACAAGUUCCACCUCAACAAUCCAUCAGAGUUUGGGUUUUUCUGUAAGGCCUCUUGUGUCCACCAGGAAACUAAUUCAAACUUGCGUGACUGGGAGUAUUCUCUGGUUCCCAUCUUUUCUAGAUUAUAUCCAUGUAAGGUCUAGUGUGUAUAGGAAACAACUUCUGCUGUUACUGCUGUUAGCCAGGAUGUUUUCCUGAUUCACCGUGACAUCCACAGUGGUGUAUUCAAAAAGAAGGACAUGGGAGUUUGUUUCUCUGCUGCAUUCUGCAGCGGCUGCCUUGACCUGGUUCUUCCGUGUGAGAAGCAGCACCUUCUUCCUGUCAGGAAGACUCUUAACUGUUACUUGUAGAUGAACGUGAUUCUUCAAAAAUAUUUUUGAUUGUGUUUGUGUUUAAAGGAUAUGAAUUUUUUGUGAGACUAGUAUUUCUGUAGUUUUAUGGAAAUAUUUUAUCAACUAUCUUGUAAUCCCUCAUAUGCUAACAAAUAUUAUUGUUUUUUAUUUUCUCAGAGGAUAUAUUAAAAUAUUCCAUUAAAAUUAAUGGAUUUUCAGAUAAA